AUGAGCUACACGUCGCCUGGCCCUGAUCCUGGGGCUCGGGAGCCCAAAACAGAACUUAUCCAGCGCUACCCCAACGAUUGCCUCUUCUUCUGCGCAUUCCACUCCAUGCGUACGCUGACAAUGACUCCAAAACAUGCGGCAGGGUGUCGAGUUUCCACACCCUUCAUACGAAUGGUGAUGAAGAGUCACCGAUGGAAUACGCAGAAGCACGCGGCUAUGGGAGGCCUUUGCGCGUCGCAUACCUGGUCAUCGAUUCCGUAUGGAAACACGAGCUCGUAUUCCGCGGGCAACGGACGUUUGCCGCUCUCGAUGAGACACGUCCAGCUACGGACGCUCGACAUGUGGCUAGGUACGCCACGAAGGGCAUAUUGCCGUCCUACACGACGACACAAGCGAGCAUGA